GGAGCACUCACAGCGGUGCCCCCAGUCCACCCUCCGUCGCAGCGUUGCGCCUCGAAACCGAGCCGGUUCAGGCACGAGACCCAGACCAACUCUCCAUUCCUCCUCCGUCACCGAUCACCGGUAUCGCGUGUCCGACUGACCGACCGAACUACCUCCGAAACCUCGUGCACCAAACACCUACCUCGCGGGCACUUCAUUCGCCCUUCUCCUUUGCCAUACAACACGCACCCUCUUCGCAACGAAGUCGGCCACCCUUCUGACUUCCUCCCUAACUCGACGAGACAAAUUACACUGUUACCCGAAUCGCAUAGUCACAUCGCAUCAUCCUCUUCUUCAAAAUGGGCGGCAACACAAGUAAAGUCACCGCCCAAGACAAGGCAAUCUUAGACAUGAAGCUCCAACGCGACAAGCUCCACCAGUACCAGCGCCGCAUCACGGUCCUGACGGACAAAGAGACGGCCAUCGCGAAGCAGAUGCUCGCAAAGGGCGACAAGCCGCGCGCCUUGCUCGCCCUCCGCCGGAAGAAAUACCAAGAAUCCCUCCUGCAAAAGACGGACGCCCAGCUCGAGCAGCUCGAGAAGCUCACGUCGUCGGUUGAGUUUGCCAUGAUCCAAAAGGACGUCGUGUUCGGUCUGCAGCAGGGCACCAAGGUGCUCAAGGAGAUUCACUCCGAGAUGGGCGGCAUCGAGCACGUGGAGAAGCUCAUGGGCGAGACGGCCGAUGCUAUCGCUUACCAAAGGGAGGUCAGCGAGAUGCUCGGCGGCCGUAUAUCGGUCCAAGACGAAGAAGAAGUCGAAGACGAGCUUGCCGCCCUCGAGGCCAGCGUCGCCGCCGAAGAGGCCGUUCGCAACCCGCCCAAGCUCCCCAAGGUGCCCGACACGAAAUUGCCAACCCCGCAGGGCGAAGAGGAAGAGGAGCCCGAGCCGCAGCAGCCGAUCCGGACGAGGCAGGCUAUGUUGGCUUCAUGAUGGGGUGUCUGUUUGGUGGCGUCAUUUGAUCUGAGCAACAUCUUUCUUUACCUUUACGUUCUUGAUGAUACAGGGGGAUUCAAGCAUGCGGGGGAACUCUUUUCUGGUUGCAUUUUCAUGGAGUUGAGGUUUGGAAGCAUGUCCUUUUUGCUUUCCCCGUUUAUCUAUAGUUACCUUACUUACUUCCAUCUCUGCGCGCGCGGCAACAUGACACUAGACUAGGGGCGGCGGGAACGGUUCGACAUAUGUGCUUUUUUUGUUGGAUUCAUCAACUACACCGUUGCAUUGUUACGGAAUGUGCCGUUACUUGGCUGCUAGAAUCAACUCUCAGGGGG